UGCUUUCGCCGUCGGUUGGAACGUUCGGUCGGUUUCAUCGUUUUCGGUGCUCUCGGGAUUGAUUGAUUGGAUCAUACUGGAUAAUGAGUGAUAUUGGUUUUAUUAAAAGUGAAUUGUCUCACGAGUGAGGCAUUGGCUUAGUUUUGUGUCGAAGAUAGAUCGAAAAGUGGUGAUAGUGUCGAUCAAAAUCGGAGUCGGCGGCGAUCAAAGGAGAUCAAAGAAGGCGCGUGUGUUGUUGCGUUCGCGAUAAAGAGCAACAAACGAGAUAGCGUUGUCACAUCUGGUUUUUGUCAUCACUCGACGGUGUGUAAGGGCUUGGGAGAAGUGAACCACCCCAGUACGGUUGUCUUGCUACGUUGAGGUGAACGGUCGCGGAUGGAGUAAAAGUGAAGGAAGUGCACAGCGGGAGGAAGAAGAGGAUCGAGUUUUAUUGCACUCAAGUGCGAAGUAUUGAGCCAGAAUGUUGUAAAUUUGAGGCCGUUUGGAGCAGAUUUGGUUGUAGUGGUGAAACGGGGCUUCUAAAAAUAUGCAUGAAGUGGCGGUGCGGUGCUGAAGAGAUGCCGCCGGUUGUGUUGUUGUAUUGGUGUUGAGAAUCGUCGAUCAUUUUAUGUGUUGUUUAUUGCUCUUCGAAGUUGUUAUCCAUGGUAUCAAUGUGAGCGUGUUGAAAUAACACCGGAAAGUGUGUGAAACGGAGUGAAGAUAAUAGCAAUCCAAAACAGAGCAUAUGAAUCGAAAAGUGUGAAGUGAAAUUAAGAAUUUCAUUUUUCGAAACCAUGGCUCAAAUGUGCAGGUUGCUUCAAUAUUCGAUUCUGGUUGCUUGUUUCGCUUGUUCGGGAUCCUUACAGCAGCAUGAAUCAUUUGGAGGGCACGAAAUGUCCAGUAUGAAUGCAGAUGACUUCCAGCACCACAAUCGUUGUGAAACGAUUACAAUUCCAUUCUGCACGGAUAUUCAGUAUAACAGAACAAUCAUGCCAAACCUGAUUGGACACACAAAGCAGGAGGAAGCUGCAUUGGAGGUUCACCAGUUCAUACCUCUGGUGAAGAUUGACUGCAGUCCAGAUCUCAAGUUCUUCCUUUGCACCCUGUACGCACCUGUCUGUACAAUCCUCAAUUAUCCCAUACCACCGUGUCGGAGCUUGUGCGAGAGUGCUCGGGCAUGUGAAACAAUUAUGAGGACUUUUGACUUUCCAUGGCCGGAGAACUUGGAGUGUAGCAAGUUCCCGGAGGAUGGCAAAGAGCUGUGUGUCUCGCAGAAUACGUCAUCAGAAAGCACACCGAUGCCAACGAAUGCGAUGCAUCCUACCAAACCUCAUGUCGCAAGGAAAAACAACCAUGCCGGGGCUGGUGUUGCAAAUCACGUAGGGAGCAGUCAUCGAGAUUUAGGAUUUAUCUGUCCGGUGCAGUUGAAGGCUCCAACGAUUAUGGGCUAUCAGCUGACUGUAGGAGGAAAGGUUACCAAAGACUGCGGAGCACCGUGCCAUUCGAUGUUCUUCUCGGAAAACGAGCGAACCGUGCUCAAGUACUGGGUCGGCUCUUGGGCUGCGGUUUGCGUUGCCAGUUGUCUCUUCACGGUGUUAACAUUUAUGAUUGAUUCGUCCCGCUUCCGCUAUCCCGAACGGCCCAUCGUGUUCCUGGCCAUCUGCUAUCUCAUAGUCGGGUGUGCGUAUGUGGCCGGGCUCGGAGCCGGCGAUACCGUCGCGUGCCGCGAACCUUUCCAACCGCACAUCAAACUCGGUCGGAUGCACAUGCUUUCGACCAUAACUCAGGGUCACCGCCAGUCCACGUCCUGCACGGUCCUGUUUAUGGCUCUCUACUUCUGCUGUAUGGCGGCGUUCGCCUGGUGGGCUUGCCUGGCGCUGGCUUGGUUCCUGGCCGCCGGUCUAAAGUGGGGUCACGAAGCAAUCGAAAACCGAUCCCAUCUGUUCCAUCUGGUGGCGUGGGCGAUUCCGGCGAUCCAGACCAUUUUCGUGCUCGCUCUCGGGAAAGUUGAAGGUGACGUCCUAUCCGGAGUGUGCUUCGUCGGUCAGCUGGAUACGCACUCGUUGGCCGUGUUUCUGCUGAUCCCCCUGUGCAUCUACCUCUCGGUGGGGGCCCUCUUUCUGCUGGCCGGCUUCAUUUCGCUGUUUCGCAUCCGAACGGUAAUGAAGCACGACGGCACCCGCACCGACAAGCUGGAACGGCUGAUGCUCCGGAUUGGGUUCUUCAGCGGACUGUUCAUACUGCCUGCCCUCGGGUAUUUGGGCUGUUUGUUCUACGAGUACUACAACUUCGACGACUGGAUGGUCCAGUGGAACCGGCAGAUGUGUAAGCUUUUCUCGAUUCCGUGUCCGACGACGACGACGACUGCGACAAUGACAGGGAAGCACGGCUCAGCAGGGAUGAUGGCCCAGCAGGAUGACGAGAAGCCCAUCUUCCACAUUUAUAUGGUGAAGUAUGUGUGCUCGAUGCUGGUCGGAGUUACUUCCAGUGUGUGGCUGUGGUCCGGCAAGACGGUGGUUAGCUGGAGACAGUUCGCCGAGAGGUUGCAGGGAAAGGAUAACCGCAAUCGUGGGGCGUAUGUUUAGGUUUAGAAGGUGACAUCGCGGCGCGGUAGCUGUUAACGCUUUGAAGUGAGCUUAAAAUGCUAGAAUUGCGAAUUUAGAGAAACCAAAUGUUUUGUUUUAGGAAAUGUUGGGUUAGAAUGGCGGAGCAUUUAUCGCAAAGAAACUGCAUACAAUCGAGAUUAACUACUUAAGCAAUUUUUAUUGAAUGAAGCAUGAACCUAAAGGCAUUAAUUAAGGUAAUUGUUGAUUUGGCAUAGAAGUGACGAUGAAGCUGUAUACAAAACUUUCUCUUAUCAGGGCGUACUGAACAACAAAACGAUAAAUUGGAUUAACUUAGCUGGUAGUUUUUCCCAGAGAUAAUCUCUUUGUGACAGAAAAAGAGUUCCUUCUUGGACAGUUGUUCGCUUUUUUGGUCAAGUUAACCCGCAAUGCUUUUCUCUGCUGGCCACUAACCGGAGGAGUAAGUUUUAGCUGUUAAUGAACGUAGGAUGUUUUAUGGAACUGAAAUUUUGACCCGAAUGACAAGUAAUAAGUAAUUUGCCUGAGAAGCAGAAGUUUCGACGAGAAAGUCGUUUAACCCAACAGAUUGUUGGGACAACACAAUCGUUUGGCAGAGCUGGGCUUUUGGCCGAACGAGUAGUUUGACCAGAAUAAGACAUUUUGUCCAAAUCAAUCGGUCGCAUGAGGCAAUCUUGAUUUAAACUUUUUUACGUAGGACUACGUCUUUCUCGUCUAUAUUGGGGUACACUUUGCGGUUGCGAAAAUCGGAGACCGUCACAAAAAUAUGAUAGACUUCAAACGUUAAUAUCUCAGCCGUUUCUAGAUGGAUUUCCAUUUUUUUGGACUAUUUGAUCAAGGAUGAGUCAACGCUUCCACGGCCGUGUAAAAAAAAUCUCAUACACAUUUUUUGCA